UUCCCUCAACCCCGAGUCAACCGAUUCGUUAAAAAGUCGUCUUUAUAAGACAGAGACACUUCAUUUUCAAACUCAACCUCAAAUCACACAGCAAACUAACAAAAACAUGGGAUUUUGGAAAAUUUUCACAUCAAUUUUUGUUCUGAACUUAUUCUGGUCAAAACCCAUAUCUUCAAAUUCAUUGAGUUCUGGUGAAUUAUCAGAAAUUCCAACCAGUUUCUUAAACUAUGCUAAACAACCAGAGCUUGUUAAAUGGAUGGUUGAUGUUAGAAGAAGAAUUCAUGAGAACCCAGAACUUGCAUUUGAAGAAUUUGAGACUAGCAAACUGAUUAGAAAUGAAUUGGAUAAAUUGGGUAUUGCUUAUAAGCAUCCAAUUGCUGUUACUGGUGUAGUAGGUAUGAUUGGUACUGGUGAACCACCAUUUGUUGCCAUUAGAGCUGAUAUGGAUGCCCUUGCUAUGCAGGAGAGUGUAGAGUGGGAUCAUAAAAGUAAAAUUCCUGGAAAGAUGCACGCUUGUGGACAUGAUGCUCAUGUUUCUAUGCUUCUUGGUGCAGCUAAAAUCCUUCAAGAUCAUCGCCAUGAAUUGAAGGGGACUGUAGUCCUAGUUUUCCAACCGGCUGAGGAAGGAGCAGGGGGAGCAAAGAAAAUUGUAGAAGAUGGAGUAUUAGACAAUAUUGAUGCUAUCUUUGGGCUGCACGUCUCGAUUCACUUACCAAUUGGCUCGGUUGCUUCCAGACCCGGUGCUCUGCUUGCUGGGAGCGGCUUUUUUGAGGCAGUAAUUAGCGGAAAGGGAGGUCAUGCAGCGAUCCCCCAGCAUACCAUUGACCCUAUUGUUGCCGCAUCAAAUGUAAUUGUUAGCUUGCAACAGCUUGUCUCACGUGAAGCUGAUCCACUGGAUUCACAGGUUGUAACAGUUGGAAAAUUCCAAGGAGGUGGGGCAUUCAAUGUUAUUCCAGAUUCUGUCACCAUAGGUGGCACCUUUAGAGCCUUCUCAACAGAAAGCUUUAAGCAACUCAAGAAACGAAUCGAAGAGGUCAUCAAGGCACAAGCUGCUGUUCAGAGAUGCAAUGCUACAGUCGACUUCUCCCCAGAUAAUAAGAUAGAUUUUCCCGUAACUGCAAACAACAAAGUAUUACAUAAGCAUUUUGAAAAUGUCGCAGGGGAUAUGCUGGGGACCGAUAAAGUCAGAGACAUGCAGCCAUUAAUGGGAUCUGAAGACUUCUCCUUUUACUCAGAAGUGAUGCCAGGAUGCUUCUUUUUCGUGGGGAUGCAAAACGAAACGCGCGAAAAACUUGCAUCUGGGCAUUCACCAUAUUUCACUAUCAAUGAAGAUGUGCUUCCCUAUGGUGCAGCAUUACACGCAUCAGUAGCUACUCGGUAUCUCCUUGAAUUCAAAUCAAAAUCUCAUAUCUCUGGUCGAAAGCUGCGUGAUGAGUUGUAAGGUAUUUCUAUAAGCUUCAUUAUGAAAUCUAAGUUUCUCCAGACCUGGCUAGAUGGCAGCAGUGGGUUCAUUACAUGUGACCAUGUGAAUUUGUAUUAUAGACUCUUCUUAGUUUAGCCGUGACUAAAAACUGCGAAACCAAGUCAGUUUCUUAUCACUUUCUGGCAACUGAAUAUCGUUGGCAUCAAUAAUACCAAUCGCAGUUUCCUCUCCUCUGUUAGGAAAGUAUUGUGUAAGUGUAAGUAUCUACAUUAGAUUCAUUUUUAAUGUUGUGUGGAUUACUUGAUUCUCCAUCUCUGCCAGACGGCUAACCCUUCAGGUGAAUCCAAGAUUUGAAAAUAUAGGGCGCACCCUCGCCAAAGCAA